CUCUCUCUCUCUCUCUCUCUCUCUCUCUCUCUCUCUCUCUCUCUCUCUCUCUCUCUCUUUUUAGAUCCUAAAACUUCAUUCAUUCCUCUGAACAUCAAAUAAAAAUUUCAUCUUUCCAGAAAUUUCGUGGCUUUUUAUAUAAAAAAUCUUCGAUUCUCAUCAACAUUUCCCGAUUGAUCGUUUCUGGGUUAUUAUCAUAGGUUGUUUGGUCUUCGGGGGGGGGGGAGGUGAUUUAAUAGUUUCUGUUUCUGUGGUUUUUUUUGGAUCUUCCGAAUCGAUUAGUGUAUGGAAGGGUGUCUCUUGUUGAUACCCGUACGUACGAGAAGACGAUCUAUGUUGUUUCUUUUUUCUUUAGAUUUUUCGAGAUUAGAGGAGCUAGUUUUUGUUUUUUCUUCUUCAUUAGGAAAUGUCUGUUGCUGAUGUUGCUUUGAGCCCGAUUCAUACAGGAUCGGGGUUCGCUUUUCCUCACGGACCAUCCUCCACGCACCACUCUUUCAAAUCUGUUUUGGUCUUCCUCAGUGUUUCUGGUUCUACGAUGCCUAUGCUCAUCUUGGACUCUGAUUCCAUCGCCGAGGUUAAGCUUAGGAUCCAGACUUGUAAUGGUUUUAGGGUUAGAAGACAGAAACUUGUUUUUAGUGGUCGCGAGCUCGCCAGGAACGCCUCUCGCGUUAAGGACUAUGGUGUCACUGCUGGUAGUGUUCUCCAUUUGGUCCUUAAGCUCUAUGAUCCCUUGCUUGUCACUGUCCUUACCACUUGCGGCAAGCUCUUUCAGUUUCAUGUUGAUCGUCGUAGAAAUGUUGGGUAUUUGAAGAAACGGAUCUCUAGAGAGGGCAAAGGGUUUCCUGAGGUUGAUGAUCAGGAGAUCUUGUUUAAAGGGGAGAAGCUUGAUGACAACAUAAUCAUUGAUGGGAUUUGCAAAGAUGGCAACUCUGUUAUCCGUUUGCUGGUUAAAAAUUCGGUGAACGAAGCUUGUUAUCUUCCUGCUCCUCUGGAAGACACUGUGGAAAGAGAAGAAGACGCUGCUUCUGGUAAAGACUUCUUGUUAGAGCCUGUUGUUCUUAACCCCUCUGUGAAAUUACCCAAGGUUCUCGAGGAGAUGAUUGACCGCACGGUCGAUGGGUUGAACAAAGGUAAUCCACCGGUGAGAUCAGAUGAAGGAACGGGAGGGACGUAUCUAAUGCAGGAUUCUUCAGGUCUCAACUUUGUAUCUGUCUUCAAGCCCAUGGAUGAGGAACCAAUGGCUGUUAACAAUCCUCAGCAGCUUCCUGUGUCAUUAGACGGUCAGGGAUUGAAGAGAGGAACUAGAGUAGGACAAGGGGCAACUAGAGAAGUUGCAGCUUACUUAUUAGAUCAUCCAAAAAGCGGACCAAGAUCUGUGUCUAAAGAAGUUAUGGGCUUUGCCGGUGUGCCACCAACUGCUAUGGUCAGAAGCUCACACAAAGUGUAUAAUUACCCAAAGGGAUUUAACGGUUCUAUUACAAAGGAUGCCAAGGUUGGUUCAUUGCAAAUGUUCAUGAAGAACAAUGGAAGCUGUGAAGACAUUGGCCCUGGAGCUUUUCCUGUUGAGGAAGUGCAUAAAAUCUGUGCCUUUGAUAUAAGAAUGGCAAAUGCAGAUCGGCACGCUGGAAACAUAUUGACCGGGAAAAGUGAAGAAGGGAAAACUGUUCUUAUUCCCAUCGAUCAUGGCUAUUGUUUGCCCGAGAAUUUUGAAGAUUGCACAUUUGAGUGGCUUUACUGGCCGCAAGCAAAACUCCCGUUUUCUGCAGACACUCUUGACUACAUAAACUCCCUAGACUCCGAACAAGACAUCGCCCUUCUGCAACACCAUGGCUGGAAUGUUCCUGAAGCCGUCUCGCGUACGCUACGAAUCUCCACAAUGCUGCUGAAGAAAGGCGUUGAGAGAAACCUAACACCGUAUCAAAUAGGAAGCAUAAUGUGCAGAGAAACGGUGAAUAAAGACUCAACGAUUGAAGAGAUAGUGAGAGAAGCUCAUAACUCGGUGUUGCCUGCGUCAAGUGAGGCUACAUUUCUUGAAGCAGUCUCUGUGGCCAUGGAUCGUCGUCUGGAUGAGCUAACUAAGUAACCUUUCUUUUAAGUACAUAAUGAAGUUGGUUUUACGGUAUGUAUGUAUGUAAUGUAUCUAUAAUGUUGAGAAAAACGUUGAUAGGCUCUUCUUGGAUAAUUUUUUUCUUCCAUGAACGAAGCCUCUAAGCUUUUGUGUGUUUUUUUUCUUUCCCUAAACCAUGAAUAAAUGUUGAUGUCUUUUUUGUUUGUA